CCGGCCACACCCACACUCCACACACGGCAUCGAUCGCAAAUCAACACACAAACGUAACGUACGUGCAAGGACAUAGCUAGGAAUGGCUCCAAGGCUCUGCUCCACUUCUCCGUUCUUGUUCGCCGUGCUCCACUUGGCCGCCUUCGCCGCCGUCUCCAACGCCGGCCAGGUGGCCGUCUACUGGGGCCAAAACAACGGGGAUGGCACCCUCACCGAGACGUGCGCCUCCGGCUGGUACGGGUUCGUCAACAUCGCCUUCCUCAACGUCUUCGGGGAGAACCGCGCCCCGGGCCUCAACCUCGCCGGCCACUGCGAGCAGGCUACGGGGACUUGCACGUCGCUCAGCUCCGAGAUCAGCUCCUGCCAGCAGAGCGGCGUGAAGGUGCUCCUCUCCCUCGGCGGCGCCGCCGGCCAGUACUCCCUCUCCUCGGCCGACGACGCGCGUGGCGUCGCUGGCUACCUGUGGGACAACUUCCUCGGCGGCAGCUCGACGUCCCGCCCCUUCGGCGACGCGCUGCUCGACGGCAUCGACUUCGACAUAGAGACGGGCGGCGGCGACCACUACGACGAGCUGGCGAUGGCCCUCGCGUCGAGAUGCAACGGCGCGUGCCUGCUCACCGCGGCGCCGCAGUGCCCGUACCCGGACGCGCGCCUCGGCGCGGCGAUCAGGACCGGGGUGUUCAACCACGUGUGGGUGCAGUUCUACAACAACAAGGAGGCGCAGUGCCAGUACGUCGACGGCGACACGAGCAAGCUGCUGGACGCGUGGGCGCGGUGGACGAGCGCCGUGCCGGCGCCCGCGGACGUCUUCAUGGGGCUGCCGGCGGAGCGUACCGCUGCGACGAACGGCGGCUACAUCGACGCGGACACGCUGCUGUCGCAGGUGCUGCCGACGGUGAAGGGCGCGGCCAACUACGGCGGCGUCAUGCUGUGGGAUCGCUGGAGAGACACGACCGCUCGUUAUGGCGAGAAGUUGCAGGGGAACGUCUGAACCGAAGCUACGCGCGCGCGAACCAUAUUCGCAGGCGUUUGAACUGAGCUCUCAACCUAUGAACCAUACUCCUUUACGAAUUGUGAAAUAAGCCAUGUGGUACAUUUUCAGCAAACAGAUGAGCAAUAAUAUUUUGAAGACUUCAAUGAUCGGACUCACCGUGUAGUACUAUUUUUCUUACACUUUUGCUAUUGAUUUUUUUUUCUAUUAAACACGUGCGCAAUGUAUAGGGAAAUGGGACAUUUUUGACUUGAGUGCACGCCUUCAAAUUAUCACCCAACAGUAGUAACCAGAGUUGAUCGGUGAAAUUAAAAUUUUCAAACA